CACGGUACAACUAGUUGUAUACAAUUUGUUGCAUGCAACUAGUUGCACGAACUGAAGUUGUAUACAACUCGGCAUUCACACGGCGGCGAGUUGCAUACAACUCGGAUCUCGCGAGAUCUCAAUUUUUAAGACAAUGUUUACAUUACGUCAUGGCGUCCGCGUAUGACUAUGAUAGCGAUGACGAUAUACUUGAGAUUGCCACAGUUGCGUUGCUUGUGGAUUGUUCACAAGUAAGAACCAAGCGGUCAUGUUGGGUCAGGCCAUGGAUUGCUAGGCGAGGGCAAUUUGGAGCAUACAGCGCUCUUUUGGCUGAGCUCGAAGCCGAGGAUACAAAGGCCUUCUCCAAUUUUCUUCGCAUGAACAAGUCAAGCUUCACCGAUCUCCUAGAUCGCGUGUCACCUCUUAUUGCCAAAACAGACACCCCCAUGCGUGAUGCCAUUCCACCCGGUGAGAAGUUGGCCAUUACUCUCCGCUAUCUAGCCACCGGUUCCAACCACAGAACAGGAAUGGGCAGACAUUAGUCAGGGAUUCAGUGACAAGUGGCAAUUCCCACACUGUAUAGGAGCACUGGAUGGGAAACACAUUGCCAUUCGGGCCCCUACAAACUCUGGAUCAUUGUAUUACAAUUAUAAAAAUUUCUUCAGCAUUGUUUUGUUGGCCCUUGUUGAUGCAAAUUAUAAGUUUAUUUAUGUUGACAUAGGAGCCAAUGGAAGAGCCAGUGAUGCAGGUAUAUUUGCAAACUCCUCAUUGUAUGCAGCUAUGGAGAACAAUACUCUGAAUGUACCACCCCCUUCCCCCCUUACUGGACGCCAAGAACCUGUGCCCCAUGUCAUUGUUGGGGAUGAUGCUUUCCCACUAAAGACAUAUAUCAUGAAACCAUUUCCCUUUAGAGAUACUACAGAGGACAAAAAGGUCUUCAAUUAUCGCCUUUCUAGAGCUAGACGUGUCUCUGAAAAUGCAUUUGGCAUACUUGUAAACAGAUUUGCUGUAUUUCAAAGAACUAUUACUGUUGAACCUGAAAAUGGCAUUAAGAUUGUUAUGGCAUCUGUGGCUCUUCACAACUUUCUUCGCACAAAAUGUGACAAUGUUUACACAGAAUCAAAUAGCACUGAUAUUUCUGUUGUAAGAGAGAGUAGAGCAACAUCACUUGUCCAGCAAGGGGGAAACAGAAACACUGCCAAUGCAAGAACUGUUAGAGAGGAAUUUGCUGAAUAUUUUUCUACAAAUGGUCAGGUUCAGUGGCAAUGGGACCAUGUCAUCUAAAGUUAUAUUUCUAAUACCCUUUACCUAUAGUACAGAUGUAUAUCACACAUUGUACCCAUGUCGGGAAUCGAACCCAAGGUCUUCGGCGUGACAAGCGAACCCUUUAACCACAGGCCGCCCUCAUUUGAAUGAAUUUUAUCAACAAAAUCAUGAUAAUGAUAAAUAUGCCUAUUUUCAUGACACCAACCAU